UGUCAUCUUGGUCCUGGUGUCCCCGAGCGGCUCAGGAGCUCGAAAGUCCAUGUCUGACCAUCUAGCCAUGGCCACCAGCAGGACUUCCCUGCUCCUGUUGACAGCCUUGGUGUCCUCUGUCUGCUUCAACUUGGACACGGACAAGCUGACAAUCUUCUCCAUGGACAAGGCUGGGUUCGGACACAGUGUGGCCCAGUACACCGACUCCUGGGUGGUGGUUGGAGCCCCCCAGGAGACAACGGCUCCCAACCAAACAGGCGGCCUCUACCGGUGUGACUACAGCACGGGCACCUGUGAGCCCAUCCCCCUGCAGGUCCCCAGGGAGGCUGUGAACAUGUCGCUGGGCCUGUCCCUGACGGCUGCCACCAGACCCUUUCAGCUGCUGGCCUGUGGCCCUACUGUGCACCAGGCAUGCCAGGAGAACGUGUACUUGAGCGGGCUCUGCUUCUUCCUGACCUCCCACUCCUGGCAGGCCCAGAGGCUGCCUUCUGCCCUGCAGGAGUGCCCAAGGCAGGAGCAGGACAUCUUGUUCCUGAUUGACGGUUCAGGCAGCAUCUCCUAUAACAACUUUGCCAAGAUGCUGAGCUUCAUCAAGGCUGUGAUGAGCCAGUUCCAGAGACCCAGCGCCCAGUUCUCCCUGAUGCAGUUCUCCAACAAAUUCCUGGUGCACUUCACAUUCAAAGAGUUCAUGGACAGCUCAGACCCACUAGGCCUGCUGGAUUCCGUGCACCAGCUGAAGGGGAACACUCACACGGCCUCAGCCAUCUCGUUAGCCAUAAACCAGCUGUUCAGUGCCUCAAGAGGCGCCCGAAAGGAUGCCUCAAAGAUUCUCAUCAUCAUCACCGAUGGGCAGAAGACAGGGGACCGCCUGAGUUACCAGGAUGUCAUCCCCAUGGCUGAGGCAGCAGGCAUCCUCCGUUAUGCAGUCGGGGUGGGAUCGGCGUUUCAAAACAGAGAUUCCUGGAAAGAAUUAAAUGACAUCGCAUCGAGGCCCUCCCAUGAAUAUAUAUUUAAAGUGGAGAACUUCGAUGUUUUGAGAGACAUUCAAAACCAACUGAAAGAGAAGAUCUUUGCCAUUGAGGGUACACAAACCUCAAGAAGCAGUUCCUUCGAAUUGGAGAUGUCCCAGGAGGGCUUCAGCGCAGUGCUCAUACCUGAUGGACCAGUUUUGGGGGCUGUGGGGAGCUUCGACUGGUCUGGAGGAGCCUUCCUGUACCCCCCAAAUACGAGCCCCACCUUCAUCAACAUGUCUCAGGAGAAUGAGGACAUGAGGGACUCUUACCUGGGUUACUCCACUGAGCUGGCGCUUUGGAAGGGGGUACAGAGCCUGGUCCUAGGGGCCCCCCGCCAUCAGCACACCGGGAAGGUUGUCAUCUUCAUCCAGGAGUCCAGGCAAUGGAGGCCGAAGGCUGAAGUCACAGGGACCCAGAUCGGCUCCUACUUCGGGGCCUCCCUCUGCUCCGUGGACGUGGACAGAGACGGCAGCUCCGACCUGGUCCUCAUCGGGGCUCCCCAUUACUAUGAUUCAACUCGGGGGGGCCAGGUGUCAGUGUGCCCCUUACCCCGGAGG